AUCGUGAUCUUGAUGCCCCUUGCUCAUAGAAUCCCUCUUCUCUCUCUUCGACUGGACUCCUGGAGCUCAGCGCCUUAGGUAUUCUUAAGUUAGAGGCAUGGCCUGGCAGAGCAAAUUGGGAGUUGAAGCUGAAACUCUCAGGAGGCAUUUCCCCAACACUGCCAAAGCGUGCCUUUGUGCCCUCUGGAGCAAGUCCAUAGGCACUAUGGACUUCCAACAAAAGCAGCCCAUCCACCUUGCCUGCUUCUCCCAGUUCUCUGUUGAGGAUCACCAGGUUCCUCUAGACUGGCUCGAUCCACCCUCUAGCAUCCUGGCCCUCCCCUCUUCGACCCGUCGCUCCUUCAUCUCAAGUUGGACGAAUCAGCUGCCAGCUCUGGACAGCUAAAGCAAAAGCUCACUGGCGCGGCCUGCGACCCUGUGACCGCGGGUGUGGCCCACGCCUUCUGGACCUACGUCUCCACCUUGAGCCCCACACCAGGGCCACACCUGCCAGGAUCCAGGGCCGGGGCUCCGGCGCGCUGGCGCGCGCGGGGGAGAGAAGAAUUAGCGGCGGUGAGGAUGGAGAGGGGGAAGGCGAAGAAGGACAAGGAUAAGUUUUCUUCGAGCAGUAGGGAAUCGGUAAAGAUAGAGAAGGAAAAAAGGAAAGAUGCGGAAGUAAAAAACAAGGGGAAAGAGAAAGGUAAUGAAGAGGAGAGAAGGAAGAGUGUGGACUUGAAAGGCAAGAAGGGGAAAGAGAAAGGGAAUGAAGAGGAGAGAAGGAAGAGUGUGGACCUCAAAAGCGACAGCGGGAAAGAGAAAAGGAAGGAAGAGGAGAGACGGAGGAGUGUGGACCUGAAAAUCAAGAACGGGGAAGAGAAAAGGAAGGAAGAGGAGAGACGGAGGAGUGUGGACUUGAAAAUCAAGAACGGGGAAGAGAAAAGGAAGGAAGAGGAGAGACGGAGGAGUGUGGACUUGAAAAUCAAGAAUGGGGAAGAGAAAAGGAAGGAAGAGGAGAGGAGGAGGAGUGUGGACUUGAAAAUCAAGAACGGGGAAGAGAAAAGGAAGGAAGAGGAGAGAAGGAGGAGUGUGGACCUGAAAAUCAAGAACGGGGAAGAGAAAAGGAAGGAAGAGGAGAGACGUAGGAGUGUGGACCUGAAAAUCAAAAACUGGGAAGAGAGACGGAGGAGUGUGGAGAGGAAAAACGACAACGGGAAAGACAAAAGGAAGGAAGAGGAGAGACGGAGGAGUGUGGACCGGAAAAGCAGCAACAGCUGGGAAGAGAAAAGGAAGGAAGAGAGACGGAGGAGUGUGGACAGGAAAAGCGACAGCUGGGAAGAGAAAAGGAAGGAAGAGAGACAGAGGAGUGUGGACAGGAAAAGCAGCAACAGCUGGGAAGAGAGAAGGAAGGAAGAGAGAUGGAGGAGUGUGGACAGGAAAAGCAGCAACAGCUGGGAAGAGAAAAGGAAGGAAGAGGAGAGACGGAGGAGUGUGGACAGGAAAAGCAGCAACAGCUGGGAAGAGAAAAGGAAGGAAGAGAGAUGGAGGAGUGUGGACAGGAAAAGCAGCAACAGCUGGGAAGAGAAAAGGAAGGAAGAGAGACGGAGGAGUGUGGACAGGAAAAGCAGCAACAGCUGGGAAGAGAAAAGGAAGGAAGAGGAGAGACGGAGGAGUGUGGACAGGAAAAGCAGCAACAGCUGGGAAGAGAGAAGGAAGGAAGAGGAGAGACGGAGGAGUGUGGACAGGAAAAGCAGCAACAGCUGGGAAGAGAAAAGGAAGGAAGAGGAGAGACGGAGGAGUGUGGACGGGAAAACCCAGGGAAAUGGGAAAGAAAAAGGAAAAGAAGAGAAAAAUAAGGACGUGAAAAACGAGGAGAAUGGGAAAGGGAAGGAAGCCAAGAUGGAGGAGCAAGGGGCGGAGAAAGAGAAGGAACAGGACACGGAACAGGUCACAGAACAGGUCAAAGACAGCAGCAGCACCUCGAUUAAAGUCCUGUACCCGCCGCCGCCGCCGCCGGAGAAAAGUAACCAGAUCCUAGUACUAGGCCUGGAUGGAGCAGGAAAGACCAGCGUCCUCCAGUCCCUAGCUUCCAACAGAGUCCAGCACAGCGUGGCACCGACCCAAGGUUUCAACGAAGUGUGCAUCCACACUGAAGGCAGCCAGCUGGAGUUCCUGGAGAUUGGUGGUAGCGAGCCAUUCCGAUCCUACUGGGACAAGUACCUACCCAAUGGAUGGCUGCUGAUCUUCGUGGUGGAUUCAGCUGAUCACGAACGGUUACCUGAAGCCAAGAAAUGCCUUCAUCAGCUACUGGAACAAAACCCAAGGCUCCCUCUGGUUGUGUUUGCCAACAAACAGGAUCUUAAAGCCGCCUAUCACAUUACAGAUAUCCACGACGCUUUGGCACUGUCUGAAGUAGGGAAUGACAGGAAGAUAUUCUUGUUUGGAACUCAGGUGACAGAGAACGGCUCAGAGAUCCCCUCCACCAUGGAAGACGCCAAAGACCUGAUCGCACAUCUGGCCACAAAUAUGUAGAAGUGACUAGGACCCGGCCCCACUACUCAGCUCACCGUCAGACCACCAUCAAAGAGGGAUGAAUGGCAGGCUUAAGCAAACGUUUCCACUUCCAAUAAAAAAUAAGCCAUUUCCUAUUCUCUCAA